AUGAUGCCUGGAAACCUACUCGAUCUACCUCCGGAGAUGUUCCGCAUGGUAAUCGGAGAGCUAGUUACAGAUACUGGAAUUGCGCGUGCGUGGAAGUUGCGCGGGGUAUGCCGUACCUUCGCGGUCGAGAUUCGCGAUGAAAUAUUUGCUCGUCAACCUAGCGGCAUCAUCCGACGAUCUUUGCACACAAACCUCGUCGGAAAGAAUAUUGGAUUCUGGCUUAGCAACAUCAUGAAGACCUCCCUGAAAGCCGAUGGGGCUUUGAUGUACAAGGUUAAGGAGCUUCUGGACUACAUCGUAAAGCUGCUUAGCAUCACCGAUGAGGAGAAGCGUCGGAUAUGCGCUCAGAAGCUAUUCACAGGUCUAACCUGGAAUUUCACUCCUUGGGAGAUCGAUAGGCUUGUCUGGACCGACAGACGCCCCAAGAACUCCACCUGGAAUAAUGACUUCCAAAACAAGUUAAGCUUACUCCUAGGACCGAUAACAACUGAGCAGAAACUCUCUGCAGCUAUAAGCGUAGGCUCAGGUGCUACCAUUACCGCGCAUUUUCAGCCUAACCUUGAUACGACGGGUACGGUUUUUGGCAAGCCUUUAAGUAUCGCCACCUUCCAAGGCGACCAAGCACUGAUCCAUACUCUGAUCGGCUGUUACGGAGGAUUCCCAAACAUCUUGCGUAUCGACCUUGCAGAAGCCAUCUCUAUAGCCGUUCAAGUGGACAACAUCGCCAUGUUCCAUGCUCUCCUUGGCUAUUGGGAUCCCGUGAAAGGCACUCGAGCCAACCAGAAGCGGUGCAUCCAAAAUUGGCUAGCACACGCAGCUCGACAGAACUCGAUACCGAUGAUUGACGCUAUCCUCGCCGUUAAAAAGCAUCGAGGUCCUCUGAUCCGUAUAGAAGUCGAAGCAAUCUGCCAGAAUUGCAGUGCCAUUACCGCUCAGCACUACCUCAACAAUGGUAGUAUGGAUCCGGACAUAACGUGGACGAACAGCUCGCCUCUGCUCAUAGCAACUAAGCGCAAGGACCUAGACAUGAUCAAGGCAAUGCUCGAAGCAGGCGCCGAUAUGGACAAAGCAGCUGGAGAUAAUACUACCGCACUGUACGUCGCUUGUCGGGAUUAUGACUAUACAACCGCAAGAUACUUGCUGGAUCAGGGCGCAGACUCCGAUCUUUUGAAGUGGCCCGACAGGAGAGGAACGGCAUGGAAUUUCUACCAUAGAAGGAUCAUUGGUCAUCCGAACUCUGCGGGCAAUGGCUUCCGCUGA